UGAUAAAUGCAUGGAAAGAUGGAACAAGCAAACCAAUUUUGUCCGGUUGCUUAAAACUCUCAAGUUUGUAUGACCUAUGGGGAAAGGAACGCUUGCCUCGCGGCUAUGGAGUCUUGCCACGACCUCGCGACUGCCCAAGAGCUUCAUUUCCGUCUCCAACGCCUUAUGCGACCCAGAGGCGAUGUUUACGCGCUCAACAAGGUGAUCGACAUGUAUGGCCGGUGUGGUAACACGGAGAUUGCUCGAUGGAUCUUCGAUGGCAUUCACAAGGAUUCCUUUUCAUGGGUGCUCAUGCUCUGCACUUACGCACGCAAUGGGCAGCUUCAGGAGGCCAGAAGGAUCUUUGAGCAAAUGCCCGAGUACGAUGUCGUGAGCUGGAACUCGCUUCUUGCUGCAUAUGCCCAAAACGGGCAUCUUGACGAUGCUCGGCGUUUAUUCGAGGCCAUGCCGGAGAGAAGUCUUGUCUCGUGGAAUCUGAUGCUUUCAGUAUACGCGCUCAACGAGAGCCUAGAUGAAGCAAAGAGAUUUUUUGACGAGAUGCCCGCUUGGAAUCUGGUUUCAUGGACGACGCUGCUUGCAUCAAAUGCCUUGCAUUUCAGUCAGAAGAUCUUCGAUCAGAUGCCUGAGUAUGAUGUUGUUUCUUACAACGCGAUGGUUGAUGCUUUUGGCCAAAGGCAAAAAGUUCUAGAAGCCAAAGACGUCUUUGAUAGAAUCCCGGAGCCAAACCUGGUAUCUUGGAACACAUUGCUUGCAGCGCAUGCCCAAUCCGGGCAUACCAAAGAUGCCGCGGACUUGUUUAAGAUAAUGCCACAAAAGAAUAUCGUGUCGUGGACCAUUUUGAUGGUGGCGUAUGGAAACACUGGCGACGUGGAAUAUGCUCGAUUUUUGUUUUUGUUGAUGCCCGAGUGGAAUCUCAUGACAUGGAACGCUCUACUAGCUGCAUAUUCCCAAGGAGGGUAUCUGGAAGAAUCGAAGGCGGUGUUUGAUUCCAUGCCUUUCCAAGACUCGGUAUGUCGGACAACGAUGCUAGCAGUGUAUUCUCGCCAAGGGUGUCUUGGGGAGGCUCAAGCUUUGUAUAAUUCCAUUCCAUUAAAGAGUGUGGUAUCGUCAAAUGCUAUCAUGUCGGUAUAUACCCAGUUUGGGCAUAUUGUUGCUGCAAAGAAUCUUUUCGACCGGAUGCCGUGCUUGAGCAUCUUUUCCUGGAACGUCAUGCUUGCGGCAUACACUCACAGCUCCAGAUUUACUUCAGCUUUGGAGCUCUUUGACUCGAUGAAGAUCAUUGAGAAAAGUUUUGAUUCUUCUACUCUCCUCUUGGUUUUGAUGGCUUGUAGUCGAGCCGGGAAAGUUUACAGUGGUCGAUGUAUCUUCGUCUCCUUGACCCAGGAUUUUGGCAUGAAGGCUACCAAGCAGCAUUUUUGCUGCUUGGUUGAUAUGCUUGGACGGGCUGGGCAUUUGGAGGACGCCGAGAGUUUGGUUUCGAGCAUGCCUUUUGUUCCCGAGGCAUCGGACUGGACUUGUUUGUUGGGGGCUUGCAAGAGUCACAGUGCAAUGGAAAAUGGAGCUCGGGUCACACAGAAACUUGUUGAGUUGGACCCCAAGUAUGGAGCUUCGUAUGUUUUGCUUGCUAAUACUUUCUCAGCACAUCCUAGAAAAACAAGUUUUGCCGGAGCAGCACCCUGGUAAGAACAACUCCUUUUAUUUUCACAAUGUGGCUUUGACUUUUGUUUUCAUUCUUUUCCAGACCAAUGCAUCCAGUUAAAGAUUUUUAUGCUGAAUGAGCCAGCUCUGGAAGCUCAUUUCUCGACUGACGUGCCGCGUCCCUUAUUAUGCGCAAACGAAUUAUCAAACGCGGAUUCAUCCCUUCAGGUCGAGAAAGCUCACAGUCACAAAAAACAUAUGAACCGUGUGGAUUCCAAUGACUUGCGAGGAAAAAGAAAAAGAGGAGGGUUGCUGUAAAGCUUGACAAAAGCCCACCCGUGAUGAAAAGCGAAGCUAUCUUAGCUCGUCUUCACACACGACCGAUCUACACGUACUGCCUAUCAAAACUCCGUGAGUGAAGGAUGCCAUUCACGAGGCGUUACUGCUCAGCCAAGCAUUUACUUUCUUCAUGUACACUCAAAUAUAACAUCUUGGCUCUUGGUAGAUGCGAAGGGAUCUUCUACAAGCUCUUUUACAAGAGUUUUUACAAGAAGUGGGGCAGCCGCUACUUUCACAAGGGUAUGAAGUUAUCCUUUCGUUUUUUUCUGUUUUUUUUCUUGUACCUGUUUGAGUUCUUUGAGCCACAUAGACAGGAGUUAUGAUAUUCCACCAUACGAGCGGAGUCACGCUUGUAGCUUUUCUUCCUCUUUUGAGUUUGCCAAGUAGAAUACCACACUGUACAGAGAGGAAAGGCGUGCGUAUACAGAGAAAGUCUCUACGUACGAGAUGACAAGGAGUGGUAAGUGGUUUCUCGUUUUUCUUCCAUUUUCCUCCUGUGCUCGCUGUGCGAGUGUGCGGCUUGUCCCAAAUUCUUAGUGACAGAGGCAGUCUGUGAGAGCGCUGAGCCCCCCGUCCUUGUUGUGUUAUUCUCAGCUUUUAAGAUCUGGAACACAGGCUCUAGUGUGCAUUAAUGUCACCUUUGCACUACACUACACCUCCCUUCUCUUCUUCCUGGACUGGCUUCAAGGAGAGACUGUUUAGUCCUUGACUGUGUUGUCACAUUUAUUCCCAUUGAAAGUGAGAGCCACCAAAAGAAAGAGAGGUGAAGCAAAAAAAAAGGAGCUCUCUUUUCCUCUUUUGGUUUCCUCUUCUUCUUCCUCCUUCUAUUUCUUGCACUUCAAGGAUUGCGAGGCUGUUUCCAUCGAAGUUUCAUGGAUGGCGAUGGGAUCCAUUAGAAAACUAUACGUGGAGGGCGGCGAGCAUAAACUCUCCACUCCAAACCAACCUAAGUUUUCGUGGAUUUUGUUUUGGAACAUUGACUAAGCAGCAGCACACCACAUGACACAUGACGAGAACGUCGUGUGAUGCGUAUGUGACAACGAAACCAACAAAUCGCACAAGUAGAGAGAGAUGGAUAUUAUAGAACUAUGAUCUUAUAGUGACUGUGAUCUUAUAGCAACUCUUGUUUAACAAGGUUGGGGUCCUUCUCUUCACUCGA